AUGGGUAAGUAUCAAGUCAUGAAACCAGUACAUGAGGUUGAUGUUUCUGAUGUCAAAUAUAAAGAAGAAGACAUCAAAGCUCCUCAUUUGACUGGGUUUUCGUUCAAGUUGUUCGUUAAUAUGCUUGAAGCACCACUUAUAGGUUCAUUGAUAGUCGAGUCAUUGAAGAAGAAUAAUGGCAUGACUGAGAUUUUCCGCCACACAGUUAUACCAGAAGAGCCAAUGUUUAGACCGGAGUUCCCGCCUCAAAAAUCGGAGAUUGAUGUUGUCAUUGUUGGAGAAGAUGAAAGUCCUAUUGAGAGAUUGGAAACAGCCUUGAAGUGUCUUCCACAAUAUGAUCCUUCUCGUAGCUUGCAGGGAGAUUCGAUGUCAUCUUUCCGGUACUGGAAGAUACGUGAUUAUGCAUAUGCUUAUAGAUCUAAGCUAACAACUCCAUUUGAGGUAGCAAAACAAAUAAUCUCAAUCAUAGAGGAGUUUAAGUAUGACAAGCCUCCAACGCCGUAUUUGACUAGCUUUGAUGCCGAUGAAGUCAGAAAGCAAGCUGAAGCUUCUACACAGAGGUUUGAAGAAGGAAAGCCAAUAUCCAUUUUAGAUGGAAUUUUUGUGACAAUCAAGGACGAUAUUGAUUGUUUACCCUAUCCAACAAACGGUGGAACAUCGUGGCUGCAUGAAGAUCGUUCUGUGAAGAAAGAUUCAGUAGUUGUUUCAAGACUGCGUAGUUGUGGUGCAAUCUUACUUGGCAAGGCAAAUAUGCAUGAGUUAGGCAUGGGGACCACAGGGAACAAUGCGAAUUACGGAACCACAAGAAACCCACAUGCACCUGAAAGGUACACAGGCGGAUCUUCCUCAGGUCCAGCAGCUAUUGUCGCUUCGGGACUAUGUUCAGCUGCUCUAGGAACAGAUGGUGGAGGUUCUGUUCGCACCCCUUCAGCACUUUGUGGUAUAACGGGACUGAAAACAACAUAUGGACGGACAGAUAUGACAGGGUCAUUAUGUGAAGGUGGAACAGUGGAAAUAAUUGGUCCACUUACUUCAUCUCUGGAAGAUUCUCUCUUAGUGUAUGCAGCAAUAUUGGGUUCUUCAUCUGCUGAUAGAAUCAAUUUGAAACCGACACCACCCUGUUUUCCGAAGUUAUUGUCUCACAAUGGAGGCAAUGCUAUAGGAUCUCUACGACUAGGGAAAUAUACAAAGUGGUUUAAUGAUGUUAAGUCAAGUGACAUUUCUGACAAAUGCGAAGAUAUCCUUAAGCUCCUAUCAAACAAUCAUGGUUGUGAAGUGGUGGAGAUAGUGAUUCCUGAACUAGAAGAGAUGCGUGCAGCCCAUGUUGUAUCGAUUGGGUCUGCAACACUUAAGUCUCUUACUCCUUACUGUGAGGCUGGGAAAAAUUCGAAACUAACUUAUGACACUCGUACCAGCUUUGCAAUUUUCCGGUCAUUCUCUGCUUCAGAUUAUAUUGCUUCUCAAUGUAUCAGGCGAAGAUUGAUGGAGUAUCACAUGGAUAUCUUCAAAAACGUUGAUGUCAUUGUGACCCCUACAACUGGUAUGACAGCUCCUGUAAUACCCCCUGAUGCUCUCAAAAAUGGAGAAACCAACUUUCAAGUGACAGCUUAUUUAAUGCGCUUUGCCGUAGCUGCAAAUCUCCUUGGCUUCCCGGCCAUAUCCGUCCCGGUUGGGUAUGAUAAGGAAGGGCUUCCAAUAGGAUUACAAAUAAUGGGAAGACCUUGGGCCGAAGCUACCGUCCUUGGUUUAGCUGCUGCAGUUGAGGAACUGGCUCCACUUACCAAAAAACCUGCUAUCUUUUACGAUGUUCUCAACACAAAGCAAAAUCCAUAA